AUGGGAAGGAUCGCAAAGUUUCUAGGAAAUCCAGGCGCUAGACCUGACGUUAGCCACAGAGCACCUAUAGUUGGUCAUGUUCAGAAUGACGACGAAUUCGGCGAUUCGAAAGAUUACCAGAAUGAUGCUAUGGUCAGAGUUAUCAGCAAUAGUGACGAGAGUACCGAUGAAGAGUUAUGUAAAGUGGAUCUAACUGCGAACGGAGCAAUUUUUACCAGUAGAGGUUUUACUGGGCUGCGCAAAGGUUUYACUGAUAAAUCCUUAGACUUUUUAGUGCGAGUGGCUGGUUCACAAGUUGUAUUUAUCAUCAUUUGGAUUAUCGUGAUAAUUUGGAUAGUAAUUGGUAUUGUUUACGGCGCACCUUUCAAUUGGCAAGUCGUUAUGCAGGAUGGUCAAUCCAUUCAAAGUUAUGUUUGGGACACUCUAUUAAUGAGACAGCAAUUAAUGAGCACACACGAGCAAAUCUUAAUUUGCGGUAGACUAAGGUCCAGAUUAGCAUCCUUCAAAAACUAUUUAACCAGAAGUUCUCCAAAUGAGGGUAAAAAAGAAGAGUGUGCAGUUCAAGCUAAUGAGGUCGAUUCUUUAGAGAAUUAUAUAGAUCCAUCUGUAGUUGCUGGAGAGUUGCCGGUGGAAAAUUGGUACGACCGCUUAUCCAAUCUGGCAAGUAAGUGUAUGGGCUCUGUCUCAGCAAUGCUAAUAUUUUGGAUUGGUAUUUUUGUUUGGAUCGGUUGCGGUGCUAUUCCAAAAGAUGCAGGUAAUACACCGCCUUAUACUGGAGAAACUAGUGGUAGCAAUCCAAGAUUGAAAAAAUUCAGUGACACAUGGCAAAUGUAUAUCAACACUGCCGUUGCAGUUUCCAUUUUGAUCUGUAGUACUUUCUUACAGAAUUUGAGAGCCAGACACGAUGAUUUCAUUGGGAAAUUCUUAAUUGGUAUCUUUGACAUGGAUGAAAAAAUUGACUAUCACAUAAGAAAACACUUCAAUGAUUUUGAAACUCCUCAUGCAAUCAUCACGGUUAAGUCUGAAAAAAGAUCGACUGGGAGGAAAAUGAUUGACUGGUACGCUGAUAUCAUUGGUACUGGUGUUGGUGUUGUGAUCGGUGUUGUUGUGUUUGCUGUUUGGAUUGGUAUUGGUGCGCCACUAAAGUGGAAUGAUAACUGGUGGUUGAUUAUUGGUACAUACACAGGUUUGGUUGGGUUUUUGGACGGGUUCAUUCUAAGAGAGGUUUAUUUCAGAAUUAUUACACACGAGGAACAAAACUACGCUGAAGUGGUAAGAGAGGAUCUUGAAUUGUUCCAAGAACUGGGACUCGAAUGUCCUGAAGAGUUUACUGCUAAAGCACAUGAGGAAAGAGACACUCUCAGUUACAAAAUUUCUCACUUUAUUAAUAAGAUCUGUUCAGACCAAUGGAGUGUACUUGUAUCUAUUUUGAUUAUCAUUAUGUUGAUUUGCAUUUCCUCUGGUCUUCGUUGGAGUACAACCGGUCAGUUAAUCGCCAACACGCCAACAAUGAUUAUUGAAGAGUUCUUUUUGCUUGUUUUAUUGCAAGCACAUAACUGGGCGGAUCGUCAAAGAAGAGUAGAAGUGACUGCUUUGUACGCUCGUAGACACAUCCUUCUAGCAUACGUCCAAAAGCGUUUCCCCGAAGUUUUGGCCUUAGAAAAAUAG